AUGGAUGGUAUGGUAGUGUUAGACCUACAGAAGGCCUUUGAUACUGUCAAUCAUAGUAUUUUAAUAAUGAAACUUGAGGCUAUUGGUCUCCAUAGUGAUGCAGUCAGGUGGUCACCUCCUAUCUCUCCGAUCGCCAUCAGGUUGUUGACGUAUCGGUUUGCCGCCAAGCCUACAACACAGGCGCAGGACGACGCAAAUGUACGUGACAGGAAUUCUUCCACAGUUGCAUCUAAGGACGGCUUAGAAGUACCUGAAAGAAAGCCGACCAUAUGGGUACUCGAUGACGUCACAAAACCACCUGGCCUAAAGCCAGCAAUAAUGUCCCUCAAUUCUAGCGCAGAACCACCUGGUACAAAGCCGAUAAUAGGGGCACUAUAUGCCGGCGCAAAGCAACCUGGCAGAACGCCUUCCAAAGGGGCAUUCAAUACCAGCGCAGAACCACCUACCAGAAAACCGGCCAUAGGGGCACUCAAUGACGACGCUGAUCCACCUGGAAUUGAACCGACAACAAUGUCCCUCAAUGCCAGCGCAGAACAACCUACCAAAAAGCUGGCGAUAGGGGCACUCAAUGACGCCACUGAGCCCCCUGGCAUAAAGCCAUCCUUAGAGGCACUAAUUGACGCCACUGAACCACCUGGCAUAACGCCGGCUAUAAUUCCCCUCAAUGCAAGCGCAGAACCACCUGUCAGAAAGCCGGUCAUAGGGGCACCUAAUGACGACGCUGAACCAUCUGGCAUGGAGCCGGCAAUAAUAUCCCUCAAUUCCAUCGCAGAACCACCUGGUAGAAAACCGAACGGGGCACUUAAUGACGCCACUGAGCCACCUGGCAUACAGCAGUCCUUAGGUACACUCAUUGACGCCACUGAACCACCUGGCAUAAAGCCGGCUAUAAUUUCCGUUAAUUCCAGCGCAGAACCACCUGUCAGAAAGCCGGCCAUAAGGUCACCUAAUGAUGAUGCAGAACAUUCUGGCAUAACGCCGCCGCUAGGAGAACUAAAUGGCGGCGCAAAGCCACCUGGCAGUAGGCCACCCAAAGCGACACUCAAUGACGGCGCUGUACCACCUGGCAGAAGGCCACCCAUAGGGACACGCAAUGACGGCUCAGAACCACCUCGCAGAAGGCAAACCGCAGUGGAAGCUCAUGACGGCGCAAAAAGACGUGGUGGUAAAAAAGAUGACUGCCGUAGACGUAGUGAUGAAAAUAAUAGCAGGAUAAAAUCGAGCAUCGAACCGACCGACUCCCAUACCGAAUCUGAAAACAAGAACAUGGAUGACACGAAGUUGCAAAUCGUCAUCAACAUUAAUCAAAUUUCGAAGGAAUACAGCAGCACGUCUUAUUCAAGCUCUUGGGACACUGAUACAAAUACCAAAUACGACGAGCAGACGCCAGCUCAAGCCGGCUCUUCGGGCACCGAUACCAUCACCAAAUACGACGACGAGAUGCCAGCUAUGGCGAGCUCUUCGGGCACCGAUACCAAUACCAAAUACGACGACGAGAUGCCAGCUAUGGCGAGCUCUUCGGGCACCGAUACCAAUACCAAAUACGACGACGAGAUGCCAGCUAUGGCGAGCUCUUCGGACACCGAUACCAUUAACAAUUACGAUGACGAGAUGCCAGCUAUGGCGAGCUCUUCGGACACCGAUACCAUUAACAAUUACGAUGGCGAGAUGCCAGCUAUGGCGAGCUCUUCGGACACAGAUACCAUUAACAAUUACGAUGACGAGAUGCCAGCUAUGGCGAGCUCUUCGGACACCGAUACCAUUAACAAUUACGAUGACGAGAUGCCAGCUAUGGCGAGCUCUUCGGACACCGAUACCAUUAACAAUUACAAUGACGAGAUGCCAGCUAUGGCGAGCUCUUCAGGCACCGAUAGCCUUACCAAAAACGACGAGGAGACGAUACCUAAAGCAAGCCCUUGGGACACCGAUGCCUAUACCAAAUACGACGAGGAGAUGCCAAAGUCAACACCAAGUAGUGAUGGAUGUCCUGAUUGUUCAUUCCCUGCCGGACUAAUCUGCUGUGAAACCGGCAUGAACUGCGGGUCCGCCACCGUCGGAGAAUGCUUCUGCCAGUUCGGAAAUAUCCCGGACUCAGACGACGUGUUCGGAUGUUGUGAGAAGCUUGAUUUUGCUUUGCACCGCAUGUUGCCCAGCACCCGAACUACCGCCACUACGAUCCGCAUCCGACCUGCCGCCACUACGAUCCGCAACCAAACUACCGCCACUACGAUCCGCAACCGAACUACCGCCACUACGAUCCGCACCCGACCUGCCGCCACUACGAUCCGCAACAGAACUACCGCCACUACGAUCCGCACCCGACCUACCGCUGCUACGAUCCGCACCCGACCUGCCGCCACUACGAUCCGCACCCGACCUGCCGUCACUACGAUCCGCAACCGAACUACCGCCACUACGAUCCGCAACCGAACUACCGCCAUUACGAUCCGAGCCUAA